AUGCCCCGAUCCAACUCAUCAGUAGACAGCCCAAAAAAGAUGAAGCAGAAGAAAUUGACUGAGGAAGAGGUGUUGGUCUUAAAAUCUCACCUAGAAGAAUGGAAGGAAGCAGCCGCUGAGGAUAGAAAAAAGAUUAUGAAGGUGGUAGUAAAAGAGGCCAAGGUUCAUGCCCCUACUAUGGAUGACCGGUUAUUGAAGAAAAGGAAAUAUACGUACCGGGACUGGUUAUAUAACCGGAGGCCCGAAAAGACUCGCAAAAAACAAGCAAGCAAGUUAGGUCAGAAAUGGACUUCCCAGUCGGUGAUAGAACAACUGCGCAAGGAGGAUAUCAUCGAAAAGACCGGAGCAAGGCCAGGGUCAAAGACGUUUAUUGAAAGAUACCAGUCAACCCUCACUGCAAUCAUGGCCAGUCUAUCUAAAGAGGAGCUAGAGGAAGCUCAGAACACUGCGAUCGAAUGGUCUGACAAGGCUCCUCCUGCAGCGGUCCAGGCGGACUUUGCAAAGAAGAAAGCACCCGGUAUGAUGAAGGAUCUGGCGACCAAGUUGUGGAAGCAGGCUGGUAUGAGAAUUUUCAUAUUAUCAGCAUGGAAAACAGAAGAAGACGAAGUCCGGAUCAAUGGAAUGGACUUCAAUGAAAAUUUAGAGGGCAACAGUUUUACUGAUACGAAGGACUGGAAGCCCAUGUUAUCAGAGUGGAAUGCCUAUGCUGGAGAAGAGUUCGUCAAGUACUUAUCACACUUGGGGGCCAUACCAGAAGUUGACCUAAAUAAUGAUGAUGACGACAAUGAGGGGGAGGUGAAGAAGAGCAGAAAGAAAGGGGGAAAGAAGGACGAUUAUCCUUUGGAGGUUGAUAGCUAUGGGCUUCCGGUCAUACCGGACGUUGAAGACCUCAGCCUAGAGAGUAAAAAGUGUCUUAUCCGAACGUUCCUCACCAAACACUACAGGUUGUGUAGCCAGCAAUCAAAGGCGUCUGUUCCUUGGGCCUCAGUGAGGAAGGCUCCAGGUGAUUUCAUUUCGGCCAAGUAUUUACCUACCGGCAUGAAGAUGGAUGAUCCGUCAAAGAUCUGGUUAGCUGAAGCUGACCGGCUGUUAGCAUUUUGGCUUCAGAGACAGAAGGAUAAAAUUCGCCCAACCUUUGAAUUUACAGCCUGGGAAGGCGACGAUAAGAUGAUGAGAGAACCGGUGGAUACAACCUCCAGCGAGGAUUCAGACACCGGACCCAGGGUUCCAGUUAAAAAGUCAACCAGAAAGCUUAGGAGGAGAGUGGAACAGGAUAAAAGUGAUGAGGACCAGGAAGACAAAGAAGACAAGGAUGACAAGGAUGACGGGGAAGGGGACGAGGACAACAAAGAAGAUGAGGACGACAAGGAAGACAAGGAAGGAGACGAGGACAACAAAGAAGACAAGGAAGGAGACGAGGAAGACGUUGUCCAAUCGCCUCCUUCAAAGUCUAAACCGGCCAAAAAGCAGGGCAGGGCCAGUCCGGUUCAAUUUGAGUCGCAUCCUCGACCACCGGUCAAGAAUUCCAUGCCGGUCCCAUCGCCACCUUCAAAGUCCAAAUCAACCAAGAAGCGUGGUAGGGUUGGUCCAGCUCAAUCUAAUUCGGAGGAAGAUUCUCGACCACCGGUCAAGAAAUCCAAGCUCACUGGUGGGGGCAAUGGAAGGUGUCCAGGCCAAGAUGCAAAACAAGAGGGCACCGGUGCCCAAAUCAACCCCACCUUUCCCAACAAAGGCCACCGGCAGGAAAACCAAAGACCAUGA